GCAGUGUACUGUCGCGGUACUUUGAAAUCAUCCGCUGAUUAGUCUGAGCAGCUGCACAAAUUCGAACGCACCCAUUAUUUUCAGUGGCGCUUUAACGCGAAACAGGAAACUCAUGAAUAUUCAUGUUCGCUCCGCCUAUAGGGUCACCGAAAAUCACAACACCGUGCGAUCGGCCUCUAGCCCCGCCCCUGCGGUAAACCAAUACAUUGUGGCCCGCUCCAGCUAGUGAACAUAAACACGAAGCUGCUGUACAUAGAAACAGGAGACGGACUGAGUCGGGACAAACGUAACCUGAAACGGAUAAGGAGGCUUUGAGAACUGCUGGAUAACAAGACCUUUAACAGAUCUAAUGGAACUGAAAGAAACAUCAGUAUAUCCUCAUUGUGGAAAGGGAUUUGAAAGUAAAGAGCAGCUUGUGGAGCACAUAAGAAUCCACACUGGACAAAAGCCUUUCACCUGCCCUCAGUGUGAAAAACAUUUCUCAAGCCAAGGAAGACUUACUGCUCACAUGAGAAUUCACACUGGAGAGCGUCCAUUCACUUGUGUUCAGUGUGGAAAGAGUUUCACAAAUAAAAGAAAUCUUGAGACCCACAUGAGAAUUCACACUGGAGAGCGUCCAUACUUGUGUGUUCACUGUGGAAAGAGUUUCACAGAUAAAAAAUGUCUUGAUGUCCACAUGAGAAUUCACACUGGAGAGCGUCCAUACUUGUGUGUUCACUGUGGAAAGAGUUUCACACGAAAAAACAUUCUUGAUGUCCACAUGAGAACUCACACUGGAGAGCGACCAUACACUUGUUCUCAGUGUGGAAAGAGUUUCACACGAAAAAACAAUCUUGAUGUCCACAUGAGAGUUCACACUGGAGAGCGUCCAUACACAUGUGUUCACUGUGGAAAGAGUUUCACACAAAAUAAAUGUCUUGAUGUCCACAUGAGAAUUCACACUGGAGAGCGUCCAUACACCUGUUCUCAGUGUGGAAAGAGUUUCGCAAAUAAAAGAAAUCUUGAUGUCCACAUGAGAGUUCACACUGGAGAGCGCCGAUACACAUGUCCUCAGUGUGAAAAGAGGUUCACAGAUAAAAGAAAUCUUGGGUCCCACAUUAAAACUCAUACCGGAGAGCGUCCAUACACCUGUUCUCAGUGUGGAAAGAAUUUCAUACAAAGAAUCAGUCUUGAUGCCCACAUGAGAAUUCACACUGCAGAGCAUCCAUACUUGUGUGUUUACUGUGGAAAGAGUUUCACAAAAAAAAAAAAUCUUGAUGUCCACAUGAGAAGUCAUACUGGAGAACGUCCAUACACCUGUUCUCUGUGUGGAAAGAGUUUCGCAGAUAAAAGAAAUCUUGAUGCCCACAUGAGAAUUCACACUGGAGAGCGACCAUACUUGUGUGUUCACUGUGGAAAGAGUUUCACACAAAAAAAAUGUCUUGAUGUCCACAUGAGAACUCACACUGGGGAAAAGCCAUACACGUGUACAGAAACAGAAAAGUAGUCUUAAGAAACAUGAGCUAAAAUUCAUGCUAAAGUGCGCCUUUACACAUGUCUGCGGUGUGUAAGUAGUUUGACAAAUAAAGGAAAACUUACUGUAGACAUGAGAACUCGCAAGGCUUUGCAUUUAGUUUGUAUAGCCUAUAGUUGUAUGGUGUUUAAUGAUAUCCGUACCUGUCAACAUUUGAGCCCCGUGAUCGCGAACCGGACAUAAGAUCACAGCAAUCGCGAAUCUCAAAUGUUAGGAGAGUUUCCAUGAUAAAUAAACAAACGGGAGACUCCUGGUGACUUAUGGAUAUGACCCAGCAGCCGAAAUAAUACCAAAACACUUCAAAACAGCCUCUAUUAUUUGCAAACGGUGGAUAAAACCUUGAAAAAUGAUAUAUGAGCCCGCCAAAUCACAGAGAUGCCGAUUCGCACGGGACUAAUAUUAUCACAGGACCUCGGUGUUCGUCAAAAUAUGGUAGGUCAUUUGUGGGGGAUUUUUUACUUUACAAAUUAAAGACAUGGCCGAUCGCACGGGAUUAAGAUCACAGACAGCCUCUGCAAUUAUUACAAACGACUAGAGGUCCCCAGGUAACAAUAAUCCUGUGCUAAUAGGGCUCUGGGCAUAUCAAGCGAUCUCUAACAAAGCAAUAAUGACACAAAGUACAAAAAUGUUGUACUCACAUAAUAUUGCUGCACCAUUCCUAUUGAAUCCAAUAUUGAUGGCACAGCACUGCUUUUUAAUUUUUUUAAUUUUAGUCACUCCGCAAAUCCAGCGUCGACCUCUGUCUUGUUCACAAUGGAAUCUGCAGUAAUGUUUUACCCACGUGAGCUGGACACUCUUUAAAAAUAAUCAUCAACCACGCAUUACUAAUGUCGGAAUCCGAAGGAAGGUUGUGCAGUGACUGUGUUCUUCCACAACCAGGCACUGCACAAUAUUUUGCGAUCUUUAAUGGCAUGUUUAUUGCUUGCUCGCUCUAUCUGGUUCCGCGCAACUUGUGUUACUUCAGUACUGUCAUGCGCGAACCAUUGGGCGGGGCUUGAGAAGUAGUCGUUGAUAUUUUUCUGUGGAGGCGGAGUUCAACCUAUCAAUGCAUUCCAGGACCUGGCGUUCGCUGGGCCUGGUGUCAAUAACAGUUGUAAUUUCUGUAACAAGGGCGUUUUCAGUUUUGAUACUUACAGGAUGAUAGCUUGAAUAUGAUUCCCUCUUAUAUAACAAAAGCUCGGGUUAAAAUUGAGGUCUUAAUUCAUCGCCCUUUUAAAACCAACCAGCUUAUGCUAAACAAGGGAGAAAUACUAAUUAUAAAAUGUAAAUAAAUCAAGGCAAACUGAUAAGGUUUUUGACGCAACUUAACAGAGUCAAUACAAAUUACAAUCCAACAGAGCAGAGUAUUAAUAAAGUUUGAAAUGGGCCAGUAUUUUGCAACUGUAAUACUGUGUGCACAGAGACAUGUCGCAACACAUUAGAUAUGGGUCCGUGUAUCUUUUUGGUAAUUUGUUUUUCAGUUUGAACUUGAACAAGCGGGAGUGAGAAAGGUCCGUGUACCUUCGGAUAAUUCAUUUAUUGAGGAGAAGCGAAUAUCAUCACAAGUCUGCUUGUCCAUCCACAUUCAAACAGGCCCAGGUCACGCCCCUACUGAAGAAACCCACAUUGGACCCCUCUACUACCGACAGUUACAGUCCUGUCUCUCUCCUCCCGUUCAUUGCAAAAACACUUGAAAGGGCAGCUUUCAACCAGGUGUCGUCCUACCUAUCCCAGAACAAACUACUGGAUGACAAGCAGUCUGGCUUCAAAACAAACCACUCCACUGAGACUGCACUGCUAUCGGUCACAGAAGCACUGCGGCUAGCCAAGGCGGAAUCUAAAUCCUCGGUCCUGAUUCUGCUAGAUCUAUCUGCAGCAUUUGACACUGUCAAUCACCAGA